AAACUGAAACCAAGUGGAUUAGAAAUUGUCAAUGCUUUAUUAAGAGGAAACUAAAUCGAAGGCAAAUGGAUUGGGAAUUGUCUAUGGGUUGUUAUGAAGACGGACAACUAAUUUGAAGAUCGCUGGAUUUCGAACGGUUUAAGAUGUGUUGUUUUUGACGGAACUAAUUUAAAGACGAUUGAAUUUGGAUUUGUCUGUGGUUUACCAAAAGAAGACAUUAAUUUGAAGACAAUUAUAUUGAAAAUUGUCUAUUUUGUUAUCAAAACAGGAAACUAAACUGAAAAAACUAGUUGGAGCUGCCUGUGGUUUAUUAUCAAAAGGAGAUGCUAAAUUUAAGAGAGUUGGAUUUGAAAGCGUCUAUGCUUUGUUAUCAAUAAAGGAAAUUAAACUGAAGAUUUAAAUUUGAAACAGAAUAUUAUUUGUUCUCAAAAGAAGAAAGAAAAUUAAAAACAUUUCAAUUUGGAAUUUUCUUGAUUUAAUAUCAAUUGUGGAAACUAAAUUUAAGAUGAGUGAAUUGGGAAUUGGCCAUGAAAUAUGAAAUAAAGAAAAAAUAAACUGGUUGAAUUGGGAAUUGUUAUCGAAACAGGAAUUGCUUAAACUAUACCAUUGUCCUGAAAGAGGUACAAGAAGAUAAUUCAAAAUGGAGGGCGACUACAAAACACAGAAUGGAAAUAGUGGGUGCAGAAUUAGUACUACUAAAGGCUUUGUUUUUGUCCUACUGGCGGCGUUGCUAGCGGUCAGUGUUGGAAUCUUGGUCCACCUGGCGGGGUCACGGGAAGUGACGUGUAAAGUUGACCUGGGGUCGCUGUCGAAGGUGGGGUGGUCGUCACCAUCUGAACUUGUAACUCAGUGUGGAAAACUAGCAGAGCAGGGAGAUUCGCACGUCUGCAGCGCCUGCCCUACCCCACCUCUGCCCAAUACUCCUGAACUAGAACCAGAAACGACACCGGAACCGGAAAAAAAAAAAACCCCCAUCAACUACCGUCUACCGUCAACACUGAAACCCGUCCAUUAUGACGUAGAGCUAAAACCUAAUAUCUAUGGCAACGACACAAGUAACUUCCAGAUGAACGGUUCAGUCUCAAUUGACAUAGACGUUUUGGAAGCUACUGACAACAUUACCCUGCACUCUGAUUGGCUAAACGUCACCGAGUCGUCGGUGUCUCUAGUUUCCGACCAGCCCGUGACGCCGACCGUUGUGGAUGUCAGCGUUAUUAAUACGACCCAGUUCCUGGUGAUCUCGCUGGACGGGUCGCUCGUUAAAGGAAGUAGGAUCCGCCUCAAGAUGAACUUCACCAGCAGACUGAGAACAGACAGGUUCGGUUUCUACUCGUCCAGCUACCUGGCGGACAACAACGAAACCAUCUAUUUGGCGGUCACUAUGUUUGAAGCGACGUACGCGCGCUCGGCGUUCCCGUGUUUUGACGAGCCAGCCCUAAAGGCGACGUUCAACUUCACACUGCUGAGAAAGGAGAAACACGCCAGAAACUACACGACACUCAGUAACACGGACAUCAUAGACACACAGCCACGCGACAACGGCUACGUGGCGGACGUGCACGCCAAGACGCCGGUGAUGCCGACAUACCUGUUGGCAUUCGUGGUAUCCGACUUUCGGUACGUGGAAAAUGUCACCUACCACGGCGACAGGAAAGUAAAGUACAGGACGUGGGCUCGACCCAACCUCAUGCAGAACGUUCACCUGACACAUGAUUGGGGAGUGCGGAUCUUCAACUGGCUACAGAAUCACUUCGAGCCGCCAUUUCCCUUAUAUAAGUUUGACAACAUCGCCGUCCCCAGCUUUAGGUUUGGCGCCAUGGAGAACUGGGGCCUGGCCACUUACCGUGAAGACAUCGUAUACCGACCGGGCUUCACCACAACCAACUGUUACACGUGGACCGGCUUAGUCAUUGCUCACGAGUUGGCCCACCAAUGGUUCGGUAACAUCGUGUCUCCGCGGUGGUGGUGGUGGUUGUGGUUGAACGAAGGCUUCGCCAUGUACUGGGAGUGGAUUCUGGUCACCGAGCUCUUUCCCCAGCGAAGGGAGGAAGAACAGUUCCUGGUGAAGUUGAAGUACAAGGCGAUGCUGCAGGACAGCACGCGCUCGUCUCACCCAAUGAACAACGACAAGAUGGAGAGUCACGCUCAGAUAGAGACCAGCUUCGACGAGAUCACAUACUCUAAGGGUGGAACGCUCGUUAGAAUGAUGUCUAUGUUUAUGGGGAAGUCUUUGUUCAUACAAGCACUAAACCACUACUUGAAGAGGCACCAGUAUGGAGUUGCAGACCACAACGAUCUUUUCAAUGUGCUCACCGAGGAGGCAGCCAGUGAGAACCGACCAAUCAACAUGACGGACAUAAUGGAUAACUGGGUCACUCAGAUGAACUUCCCAUUGGUUCAUGUCACUCGGAGCAGACGUGGCGUCAUUCACGUGACCCAGGAACGUUACCUUGGUUCUCCCAGUGAACAAGAGAAAGCUGUGAACGAUUCGUCACCAUACGACUAUUUGUGGGAGAUUCCAAUCACAUACACAAGCAGUACGGAGAAGAACUUCACAAAGUCAAUCAGGUUUGAAGACAGAAAGUGGCUCAAAAAGACCAACAAAGAAGGUGAUAUUUUUGACAGUGUGUUUCCUGACUCAUCUGACGAGGAUAGUUGGGUUUACGUUAACACAGAAAGUCACUACUUUUACGUGAACUAUGACCUUCAUAACUGGAACGCUCUCAUCAAACAACUUAACCACGAUUUCACAGUUAUACCUCCGAUAAAUCGAGCUCAGCUUCUUCACGAUUCAUGGUAUAUUGCUGAGGCUGGCAGGCUGAAUCACUCCAUAGCGCUCAGACUGAUGAGCUAUCUGAAAGACGACAUGGAUUACGUCCCCUGGAGGGCGCUGCACCGAUUCCUGUUCGUUAUUGACGGCCAUCUGAAGAGAAGCGUUCUCUACGACGCGUUCAGGAAAUUUAUGGUGGAUUUAUCAAAGAAAGCUUUUGACCACUACGGUGUGGUCAGUACCGAGACUGAGGUCACAGUUCACAGAUUCCAGAGGACGAGAAUAAUGAAAUAUGCUUGUUACUAUGGAAACAUGAAAUGCCAAAAGAAAGUCUUGGAAUUAUUCCAAGAAUUAAAGCAAAGCAGUGACAACAGUGUAAUUCACCCGGAUCUCAGAAGCAUCGUCUACUGCGGCGGCAUCCAGUACGGGGACUCUGAGAACUUUGAGUUCGUCUGGAGCAAAUACACUGAGAAAGCUAAGUCCCCAAACCCCGAACUAAAGAAAGAAAGUGGUUAUCUGCUGAAGGCCUUGGCGUGUGUCCGGGAACCGUGGAGAAUUACCAGGCUGUUCCAGAGUAUGAGAGAAGGGAAGAUCAAGAAAGAUGACGUACUCACACUAGGUAAAGAAUUAGCCUCGAACCCAUAUGGCCGUGACCUUGUCUGGAACGCGCUGAAAGCUUCAUAUGAGAUGAUAGCGAUGUCAGAGCUUUCAAACAAAACUGUUUCUAGAAUGAUCACCGGAGCAACGUCAUCAUUCAAUACACAGGAUCGAUAUGUGGAGAUUGAGGAUUUUAUGAAGACUCACAAUGUGACUGCCCACGAGGGUGUGUUUAAAGCGGUGCUGAAAAAAACGAAGGAGAACAUUGAGUGGAUGGACAGACACUAUACAGUGAUUGAACACUGGCUCAGGGAGACUGGCUAUCUGCAACCAGUGAUCUAACAUUGGCUAUCUGUAACCAUUGAUGAUCUAACAUUGGCUAUCUGUAACCAUUGAUGAUCUAACAUUGGCUAUCUGUAACCAGUGAUCUAACAUUGGCUAUCUGUAACCAUUGAUGAUCUAACAUUGGCUAUCUGUAACCAGUGAUCUAACAUUGGCUAUCUGUAACCAUUGAUGAUCUAACAUUGGUUAUCUGUAACCAGUGAUCUAACAUUGGCUAUCUGUAACCAGUGAUCUAACAUUGGCUAUCCGUAAUCAGGGAUCUAACAUUGGCUAUCUGUAACAAGUGAUGAUCUAACAUUGGCUAUCUGUAACCAGUGAUCUAACACUGACUAUCUGUAACCAGUGAUCUAACACUGGCUAUCUGUAACCAGUGAUCUAACAUUGGCUAUCUGUAACCAGUGAUCUAACAUUGGCUAUCUGUAACCAGUGAUCUAACAUUGGCUAUCUGUAACAGUGAUCUAACACUGGCUAUCUGUAACCAGUGAUCUAACACUGGCUAUCUGUAACCAGUGAUCUAACAUUGGCUAUCUGUAACCAGUGAUCUAACAUUGGCUAUCUGUAAUCGGUGAUCUAACAUUGGCUAUCUGUAACCAGUGAUCUAACAUUGGCUAUCUGUAACCAGUGAUCUAACAUUGGCUAUCUGUAAUCGGUGAUCUAACAUUGGCUAUCUGUAACCAGUGAUCUAACAUUGGCUAUCUGUAACCAGUGAUCUAACAUUGGCUAUCUGUAACAGUGAUCUAACACUGGCUAUCUGUAACCAGUGAUCUAACACUGGCUAUCUGUAACCAGUGAUCUAACAUUGGCUAUCUGUAACCAGUGAUCUAACAUUGGCUAUCUGUAAUCAGUGAUCUAACACUGGCUAUCUGUAACCAGUGAUCUAACAUUGGCUAUCUGUAACCAGUGAUCUAACAUUGGCUAUCUGUAAUCGGUGAUCUAACAUUGGCUAUCUGUAACCAAUGAUCUACCAUUGGCUAUCUGUAACCAGUGAUCAAACACUGGAUCACGGAGAGUGGCUAUAUUUAAACAAUGCUUUCGUGUCGGAAGUGGGGUGGGGGUGGUAAGCAACAACUGCCUAUCACCAGCUUGUCAAAAUUCCCUUUCCACUCUGUCUUGCACAGGGAUACGGUUUUGAAUAAAAACUACUCUCUUGUC